CCUCGAGACCCACAUCAAGGAUGAUUGUAUGGGGGAUCUGUUGCCCGCCCCACAGCGGCAUGGGAGCAUCACCGUGCGGGCAUGAAUCGAACCCAGGCGCCCUGCAAAGGGGUCUGGCACCUCUGCACGCACGUUGACAGGAACACCUAUAAUGACCCGUUUGGCACCGCAGGCGCCUUGAAACUCUAUUACAUUCGAAGUGUAUUCCUUCAUCACAGAGGCCUAUUGCUACAUACGUUAACAUGCGCUCAAAUUUGCAUGUGUGGCUUCUUGUAGCAUCGUGCUUCUUGAUCGCCUUUUGUGGCGCUCAGUCGCAUGAUUUCAGUUCUCUGCCAGCCUGCGCACAAGACUGCGUCAACAGCACCUUCGCAAGUACAUCCUGCCAACCGCUCGCGUCGUCUGGAGCAUCUUGUGCGUGUCUCGAUACUACAACGUUGGACCUGGCCAGGGACUGCAUUUCGGCAUCAUGCGGUCGCAAGGACGGUCUGAGCGGACUCAACAUCACGUUGACAGCAUGUGCCGACAAACCUAUUCGCAACAAGUCGAUAAGCUAUAGAAGGAUCAACCUGGCCUUCUACUGCUUGGCCAUCUCUGCCAUGAUGGCUCAAUGGGUCGUACGAUUUACGGUCGGACGUUUGCAGUUGGUGGAUGACGGCAACAUGGUCAUGGUUUUGGUCUCCAACACAGUUCUGUUUGCCGUGUGUUACAAGAUGUCAUUCACUGGAUUGGGACUCGACAUGUGGAACGUCCCUUUCGCAGACAUCACGUCAACACUUCUGUUUUUCUGGAUCAGUGAGAUCGCUUACUUCCUGACUCUCGGGUUCAUCAAGAUCUCGUUCUUGCUCUUCUUCCUCCAGAUCUUCCCAGAAAAGCGAUUUCGACGAAUCGUGUGGAUUGUCAUCUACGUCCAGAUCGCGUCGAUGAUAGCGUUUGGCUUUGCAGCUACGUUUGUCUGCACACCCAUCAGCUUUGCAUGGAAACAAUGGGAUGGCGAACAUACCGGAACAUGCAUCAACAACAAUGGACUGGCCUUCACGCACGCUGCCCACAGCAUUUUCGUGGACUUUAUCACGUUGUCGCUCCCGAUAACUCAGAUAUGGAAACUGCAUCUGGGCUUGAAAAAGAAGAUCGGGGUGCUACUCAUGUUCAGCGUUGGUGCAUUCGUCACGAUUGUUUCAAUGCUCCGCCUCCGGUCGCUCGUACACUUCGCCAACACAACCGACAUGACAUGGGACUACCUCGAAGCCAGUCUCUGGUCCGUCAUCGAAUGCCAAGUCGGCAUCAUCUGCACCUGCAUGCCCGCAAUCCGCCUGGGUCUCACUCGACUGUUCCCCAAGAUCAUGGGCAGCACAAACCAAUCGACAGCGAAGGACACGGCAGGUCCAUCUGGACGCAGCCAUGGACUCAACACUUUCACCGGAAACGAGAUCAAUGUUCAGACUACAUUCCGAGUCAGCCAUACAAAGAAACCGCAUACCACUGCCGAAGACGAGAGAAGUUUUGUGCAAUUGGUCGAAAUUGACGGGGACUCAAAAAGCGCAAAGAGUGCAGCGAGCUAGCCGAGAGACGAGAGUCUGUUUCGAAAAAUACCUUAUUGGAUGAGCAACAAUUUUUUGCGCCUUCGCAUCCCGCUAUGAUACUAAAAUAAUUAUCAAUCUUUUGUGCCUCUGAUAGACUGUCACGCAAUCACACCAGAUCGCCUACCAACAUAUCGAGUUUACCGCUGUGUUGCAAAAUGGUUCCAGUCUAGAGUUUAGGGCUCUCAUCGUUCUCGAACUUAGCAUGAUCACGUCCUGCGUUUCAACCAAAACAACGUCCCGUCUCAAGGCGCAUUAAAGUCAUAGGCUUGUCAACCCUAACCCUUCCAGCCAGACUUCAUUUCUCUGAUCAUGCUCAAGGCGUCCACCAGUACAAGACAGCUCCUUGAUCUCGAGGCUGCUGUCCUGUGAUACACUGUCAUUUUUAGUUCUCUCUACGUUGCUUCAAUUCCACGCCAUUCAAUUUACGUCAAACAUGAAUACAGCAACAUCGCCAUC